AUAUUAAAAAUACCUUAAACAGAUACGCAUUUUGCUAUAUAUACAUUAAAACUUCAUACACACUUUCAGAUUCAUUUGAAAUUUACAAGUAACAGAUUGACAAUUUCAAUAAUAAUCAUGAAAUUUGCUUUAGCGUUUGUGUUGUUGAUUGGUAUUUCUUGCCAAAUUGGACGAGGAGAUUGUGCUCCAGAUGGAUAUGGAUUAUAUGACAGUUUUACUAGCAUGAUGAACGGAGCAUACAGCACAACUCAAAAUACGUACCAUUCGAUCAAGGAUCAACUUUCACCACUAACAAGUUAUCUACCUUCACUAUCUUCAGUAAGUGAUUCAAUAUAUAAUAAUCUACCUUCAAUGCCUUCAGUAAGUGAUUCAAUAUCAAGCGGAUUAUCCAACAUGAAAGAAUCCGUAGAAAAUGUAGGGUCUAAAGCUGGAGAUAUGUUGAACAGUGGUAUGGACACAGCAGGAAAUCUAGGGUCUGAAGCUGGAAGUUAUUUGAAAAGUGGCGCGGACCAAAUAACUGAUGCUGUAAAUUACUAGAUUACGAUUAACAUUAUAAUUAGACACAAAAAAGUAUAUAAAUCUCAAUAUAAAUACAAUAGCUUUUUUUAAUACACUUUUCUUGUUAUAUGAAAAUGUUUAAUUUGGAUUACUAUUUUAUAACUGUAAAAGUUCUAUACAAUUUUGAAUUUAUUCUAUACAUUUAUGUAAGUCUAAAAUGAAAUAUUCAUAAAUAUUAAUUUAACAUUAUUAUUAUUAUUAUUAUUAUUAAUAUAAUACAUUCUAAAACUGA